AUGGGCUCGAUCAAAUCGGCCGCGUCCCAGACGAUGACCGCUUCGGCCAGCGGUGAAAACUUCCAGCCCUCCCAGGAGAAAGGAUCCCAACAGAACUCGGUCUUGCCCACCCUUGAAAAGCAUCAUCCCUCUCGCUAUGUACUGGGACUCUUCCGGGUGAACAGCGCUGGAGAAAGUGGACGAACGGGUAUCCACCCCGUCCACUUUCUCCUUGUGUGCUUCAAGAGCAUCUGUACGCUCUCCAUGAUGGUCAACAUCCUCUGGCCUUUUGUCCCGGCCGCGAUCGUCAUGCAUUUUGCCCGCCCAGACUUGCAUGUGUGGGUCUUCACACUCAACUACAUCGCGAUGGUUCCCUCCGCAAACCUGCUAGGUUUCGCGGGCGGAGAGUUGGCGAAGAAGCUCCCCAAGGUUCUAGGUGUCUUGAUGGAGACAACUUUGGGCUCUGUGGUCGAGGUUGUCCUGUUCAUGGUGCUGCUUCACAAUGAUCCGGGUCCCAAUAGCGAACACAGCCUCAUUCCCGUCAUUCAAGCCGCCAUCCUGGGGUCUAUCCUCGCGAAUUUGCUCUUGUGUCUCGGCAUGUGUUUCUUCGUCGGUGGCCUAAAGCGCACCGAGCAAGUGUUCCACGAGGCUGUGAGCGAGGUCGGAACAGGGUUGUUGCUGGUCGCGGGCUUUGGGCUGUUGAUCCCAAGUGCUUUCUACUCCGCAUUGAAAGGAGCCGUCAACCAGAACUUCACGUUGGAGGACUUGGACACCUCGGUCACCACAAUCAGUCGUGCUACUUCUGUCAUCCUUCUGGUUGCUUUCUUGACAUAUCUCGUUUUCAACCUGCACAGUCACAACUCAAUUUUCGAUGAUGUACUCGAGAUGGACGAAAGACAAGAUGAGGAUCGGGACGAGGAAAUCACUCGGGCGAAGCUCACUUUCCUCGAGUGCCUUAUCGCUAUUGCCGUUUCCUUGACAUGUGUUUGCAUGUCUGCCGUGUUCCUCGUGCAAGAGAUCGAGCACAUUGUGGCUCGGGGUGUCUCCGACAAUUUUAUGGGUUUGAUUUUGGUGCCUCUGGUUGAGAAGGCGGCAGAGCAUCUUACAGCCGUCGACGAAGCCUGGGAUAAUCAGAUCAACUUUGCGCUUUUCCAUUGCCUUGGUCCUUCGAUCCAGACAGCACUUUUGAAUGCGCCUCUCGCCGUCAUCGUCGGCUGGGGUCUGGGCAAGAACAUGACCCUGAAUUUCGAGAUAUUCAUGGUCGUCCUUCUGGUCCUGUCAAUUCUAGUCGUUGGUAACUUCUUGCGUGAUGGCAAGUCUAACUACUUGGAAGGCAUGCUAUGUGUGUUGGUUUACUUCAUCAUUGCGGUCACCUCCUGGUACUAUCCUGGAGUCGAAGUGGCCGCGACUAACCAGGCCUGA